UGUGCUUUUCUCCAAUCUCAUAUUUCUGCUGAAGCACUGCUACUGUGGCGAAUCUACUUUUCUAACACUCGCAAGCGGAACAUUCUAUCAACGUAGAAAGACAAGAUACCAGAAUAGACGCAGUAUGGCGAUCUCGCAUGAGGACAUUCUGGCAACGCUUCUAGAAGUUCAGGAAACACACGAAUUCUCUAUCAUAAAGCUCAGCGAGCCGCUAUCUGGACCACUCAAGCAGAAUCCGGGUGAAAGGACAUCAGAUGUAUCUGCAGAUGUCUUUGAUAAUCCAACUCCAGCAAGCCUAGAGGAGGAUCUCUCACAUUACAAGGAACUUUUCUCGAAGCUCCGAUUCUCUUACCUUGAACAAGUCACAAAAGAGAAGUUCAUACGUGCUAUUGUUGGUGAUCCUCCUCUUGUUGUCGAACACCAGGAGAAUGUCGAAUUGGAAGAGACACUGGCAGUUUCCAAAGCCGGGUUGAAGUCCCAGAAGACGGAGGUCGCUGAGUUAGUGGCAGAAUUGGAGAAGAGAGGUCGAGAGCUAUGUCGGAAAUAUCAGAACAUCCAGAUGCAAACUUCACAAUUGCAAGAGCUGCCGCAACGGAUUGAGGAAUUGGAGGCAAGCGUUGAGGAAUUGAGAGCAGCGCAACAACCAGGAUCGAAUCCAACAUUGAACAUGCCUCUGGAUAAGACAUUGGAUCUGGUGGAGCAGCGGGAGAGGGAAAGGGUAGAGCUUGAUCGUCAAUUAGAACAGCUCCAAGUCAUGUUGCCAAGAAAGACCAAGGAGUUGGAAAGAUUGAAUGCGGAGUUGCAACCUUUGGAGGUUAAGAGACUCGGUAGCACGGCAUCAGCUAGGGAGGCCAAGAGGAGGAAGGAGGAAGCGCUUGGUGGUGUUGGUGAUGACCUAGAAGAACGUGGUAGAUGGUGGAGAGGAGUCGAGUCUGGAUUGAAGGGAAUGCUGGGUGUUGAGAGUUGAUUUCGGUUAUUACUGAAUGUGGUUGGGAUUGAUACCAUGGAAAUAGGCGUUUGGGAGUGGAAAGAUGUCAAUGAUUUUGUGUUGUUCGUACUUUAUACCUGGGUAAAUUGUGUUGCGUUGAAGUACUAUGGUUUUUCGAUAUUGGGGGCGAAAGCAAUGAAACAAAUUAAAUGGCAAAA